UAAGUCUGAUGACAGGUGCUCUGACUGAAGGUCACUGCUGUUCUCCAAAAGGAUUUUCCCAGUCCAGGCCUCAGAACUUCACUGUAAGCUCUUUAAAUAACGAGUGAACAGAAUUUGCAACUGUAGGUGAAAAGCUGUUGGUAGAAGAUUUGAGCUGAAAGAGGAAACGGCUUAAACAGCAAAACUAGCCGAGAGAUCUGAUGGAAUGUACGAAGCUUUCUCGUUUGCUUCCUUGUUAUUAAAGAAUAAAAAUUGUUGCUAUGGAGAAAGAAAACCUGGAAGAGGUACAACGACACCACCGUGGGAGAUCAGCCAAUGGUAUCCAGAAAGAUAGUCCUCCACAGGCAAUAUCAAGCCUGGACUUGAUCUCUGAUGAUGAAUCUGAGCCAUCUGACACUAUAACUGAGAAAGAACCAAAGACACAUUACAUUCCUAUUCGAAGAAAUUCCAUAUAUUAUCGUUCUAUCAGACGUCGAAACAAAAAGAAACCAAGGAGUAGUAAAGAAGUUCAAACAGAACAUUUUGAAGGCUCACUCAAAAAUGGUAAUACCAAAAAUGAUCUUCUGAACAAAGAAGAAUUGUUGCAUAUAUUUCACAAGAGCCUGUCACUACACGUAAAACCGAAUAUGACAGCCACAGAAGAACAAUGGUUUCAAAGGCUGCUCCCUUCCUACCCCGGUUACCGUGGCAACCGCCCGGACUUCCCCGGUCCCGCGUCUGCUGCGGAAUCGCUCGGCAGCAGCAGCAGCAGCAGUCGCAGCAGUCGCCGCCGCCGCCCGCUGCCGGAAUCGCUCCUGCUGCCGCUGUCCUCCUCGCCGCCUGGCAUGGAGCUGCUGGCUGCCGCGCUCAGCGCCGCCUGCGCCUUGGACCACGAAGGAUCCGCCGAGAACGUGGCCGCAGGCCGCUCAGCUGACAGCGAAUCCCCUUCCAUGGCGGGGCCAACUUCUUUUCCGGAAGAGACCCCUGAGCAGACUGAAUGCCCGGCUGCUUUCCCCGAAGCCCUGCAAAUGAUCCACCCCAUGACCGCAGACUCUUGGAAGAACUUCAUUGAGCAAAUAGGUCUGUUGUAUCAAGAAUAUCGGGAUAAAUCCACACGUCAUGAAAUUGAAACCAGACGGCUGCAGGAUUCCCAGACAGAUACUGAAGAAGGCUCAACUACUGAAGAGUCACCAACAGAAACAGAAACUGAAAAUGUGUUAGAAAACAAAACUGUCCCCCAGAUGAACUUGCUCAGGAAUUCCACAUCAAGGUUCAAUUUAUGGCAAGAUCUUCCAGAAAUCAGAAGCAGUGGUGUUCUGAAUAUUCUCCAGCCAGAUGAAGUCAAGCUUCAAGAGGCUAUGUUUGAACUGGUCACUUCAGAAGCCUCAUACUACAAAAGUUUGAAUUUAUUGAUAUGUCAUUUCAUGGAAAAUGAUCGACUGAAAAAGAUUUUGCAUCCUUCAGAGGCUCACAUCCUCUUCUCCAAUGUUUUGGAUGUCAUGGCAGUCAGUGAACGAUUUCUCUUAGAUCUUGAGAAACGAGUAGAAGAGAACAUUGUAAUCUCUGAUGUCUGUGACAUCGUCCAUCAGCAUACUGUUAGCUACUUCUCAGUAUAUGUCACUUACGUGUCGAACCAGACCUACCAGGAAAGAGCUUACAAGCAACUUCUCCAAGACAAGCCAGCUUUCCGGGAGGUGAUCUUACAAUUGGAACUGGAUCCAAAAUGCAAAGGCCUGCCUUUCUCAUCUUUCUUGAUUUUGCCUUUUCAAAGAAUCACUAGGCUGAAGCUGCUGGUACAGAAUAUCCUGAAGAAAGUGGAAGAAAAAUCUGAACGUGAAAUCACUGCUCUUGAGGCUCACAAGGAACUGGAAAUAAUAGUGAAGGCAUGUAAUGAAGGUGUUAGAAAGAUGAGCCGCACAGAACAGAUGAUCAGCAUCCAGAAGAAAUUGGAAUUUAAGAUCAAGUCUGUGCCCAUCAUCUCUCAUUCCCGCUGGCUGCUAAAGCAGGGAGAACUCCAGCAGAUGAAUGGCCCUAAAACAUCCCGUACACUUCGUACAAAGAAACUCUUUAGAGAAAUCUACUUGUUCCUUUUCAACGACUUACUAGUACUGUGCAGACAAAUUAAUGGAAAUUGUAACCCAGCCAAUAAUAAUAACAACUGUAUUAUUUGCCUCAGUGACAAGUACCAAGUAUUUGAUUCUGCUUCUCGAGGCCUUCUUCGAGUGGAAGAGUUGGAGGACCAAGGACAGAGCUUGGCCAAUGUAUUUAUUUUGAGGCUGCUAGAAAAUGCAGAUGACCGUGAAGUCAGCUAUAUGUUGAAGGCGUUAUCCCAAAGCGAAAUGAAACGCUGGAUGAUUUUGCUGGCUCCAAAUCGAAGAACAAAGUUUGUUUCCUUCACAUCCAGGCUUAUGGAUUGCCCUCAAGUACAAUGUGUCCAUCCUUACGUGGCCCAGCAACCAGAUGAGCUUUCAUUGGAAUUGGCUGAUGUUCUCAACAUUCUGGAAAAGACAGACGAUGGUUGGAUAUUUGGGGAACGUUUGCAUGAUCAAGAAAGAGGUUGGUUCCCCAGUUCUAUGGGUGAAGAGAUUAUGAAUCCCAAGAUUCGAUCUCAAAAUUUAAAGGAAUGUUUCCGAGUGCACAAAACUGAUGACAGUCAGAGGAGGAAGAUGGGCAGCAGGAAUAAACAAUGAUCAUUGCGGAGUCGUCUGGUUUUCAGAAGUUAUUUAUGGCAGAAGCUGAGACAAUGAAAUUUUGUGCUUGAGAGAAUGCACAUGAAUCAUAUUUUGGCAAGCAAAUCCUUUCACCUAUGAAACAUCGGGCUUCCUUGCAUUCUCAUUACAAGUUGCACAGUCUUUCUGAAGACAGACUGAAAAGAAGAGGGGCUGUCAUUCACCUGUACAGAUGUAGAAGCUGUAAAUGUCUUUCCUAAUGUACUGCAUACUCUGAAGAUUGUAAAUUUAUUAACUCUGCAUGAUGAAGAAACUAAUCACUUGAGCAACUGGGAAAAUUGUGUCACUGUCCGUAAAUCCAGCUACUUGGUUCUUUAGCAUCUUAUCCAAUGGUACAAAAAAGUGCAGCAUUUGAUUUUAAGGAAAGAUAAUGAAGUUGUGGACAAUACUACAUUGAAAGUUUAUACUAUAAAUGGUCAACUUCCAUAUUUCUAUACUUAGGAAGUUUCUCCUAGGACCUGAGUUUGAACUGCUCAUGUGAUAAACUAGUUUCUUCUUAUGUUUUGGAAGAAAGGUGGAGGUAACAAAAAGAUUAGGAAGUGCAAUGUUAUGUAGUUAAAAUGCACCACAAUAUUUAUUUUGUCUUGGUUAUGAGAUUCAAAGUUCUAGAAGGUAAGAUUGAAUCAUGCAAAGUACAUUUUCUAAAAUAGGGAUCAGUUGGUUCCAAUUGGGAACUCAGAUUAUCAUCCUUCUAUUUUAUUGACCUGUGUAGUCUACUCUUCUCAAAAUGAUGUAUGUCAAACCACAUUAUGCAGGGACAAUACUGAAUUAAUUAUUCUGUUAUAUAAGAACCAUUACUCCCUGUCUAAGCAAUCACUAACUGCACUUACUUAUCCAAACACCAGUUAUCUCAUACAUUUACCACUGGCAACCAGACAGAGUAUAGCUGUGUUUGGAGUUAGUGCCAGAAUGGGGAGUAUAUUAAGGUAGGGGUUCCCAACCUCUGGGCCACAGCUUAGUACCUGCUGUGGCUUAUUUGGAAUUGGGCCAUGUGAGUGGCUUGCCAGAACACAAGUGGUGUGCUGGCAGGCAAUCGCAUGUGUGUAUGCCGGCCCUCUGCUGUGUAAGUCGAGCUGCACCCAUGCAUGUUGGCCCACCACUUGCACAAGGGCUGCAUGUCCGUGCACAUUGGCCAGCCACUCACACAGCUCAGUUCCCCUCCCCAACCAAGCCGCCAAGUCAGAAAGAUUGGGGACCAAUGUAUUAAGGGGUUUGUCCUAAGCAAAUGCUGCACUAAACUGUAUAAGAGAAUUCAAUAUUUGAGACAAUAUCCCUUGAAGAGUUUUCCCUGCUUGAGUCUCUUGCAUACACUGAAGCGUUUGCAUAUGCUGAAAAAAGUAAAAGAA